AUGGCUGAUGUACAUAUAGAACUAAAUCAACAUGAAUUAGCUGCUGAAUAUUACAAAAACUCAUUAAUAUUAUUAGAAAAACUAUCCGAUGCACACCAACAGAACCUUCCGCAUACAUAUGAAACAAUCGCUGGCCUCUAUAUGCAAGUAAACAAAUAUGACCUGGCCAUUAAGUAUUACAAAAAAUUAACAAUAUUGUGCGAAAACCUACAAAAAUCACAGCAAGGGCAGCUUCCGUAUAUAUACCAAAAAAUCGGUGAUGCCCAUAUAAAGCUAAACAAACACGAUUUGGCUCUACAAUAUUACCGAAAAUCAUUAAUAUUCCAAGAAGCCUUGCCAGAACCAGACCAACAUCAGAUUCCGUGUUUAUAUGAAAACAUCGCCGACGUACACAUGAAACUAAACAAAUAUAGCCUGGCUCUUGAACAUUAUAAAAAAGCAUUGAUAUUCGAAGAAAAGCUGUCCGACCCCAACCAACGGCGAAUUUUCCAUCUAGAUGAAAAGAUGGCGGACGUACAUGUGGAACUAAACGAAUAUGAACUGGCUACUGAAUAUUACCAAAGAUCAUUGACAUUCGCAGAAAAACAACCAGAACUACACCAACAGCGGAUCUCGUGUAUAUAUAAAAGAAUCGCAGAUGUAUAUAUGAAACUAAACAAAUAUAACCUGGCUCUUGAACAUUAUAAAAAAGCAUUGAUAUUCGAAGAAAAACUGUCCGAUCCCGACCAACAGCGAAUUUCACUUAUGUAUGAAAGGGUGGCGGAUGUAUAUAUGGAACUAAACGAAUAUGAACUGGCUACUCAACAUUACCAAAGAUCAAUGACAUUCCCCGAAAAACAACCAGAACUACACCAACAGCAGAUCUCGUGGAUACAUGAAAAAAUCGCAGAUGUACACGUGAAAGUAAAUAAGUAUGACCUGGCUCUUGAACAUUAUAAAAAUUCAUUGAUAUUCGCAGAAAAACUGUCCGAUCCCGACCGACGCCGAAUUUUACUUAUAUAUGGAAAACUCGCCGAUGUGUACAAUUCAUUAAGUUCGACAAAAGAACUACCCGAACCCGAUAAGUGGGAGAUUGCGCAUGUGAAUGAAAAAAUCGGUUACCUGUGCAUGGAACUGAAUGAAUGUGAUUUGGCUAUUGAAUAUUACGGAAGAUCAUUAGUGUUACGGGAAAAUUUGCCCAAUCCCGAUCUACUGGAAAGCUCGCUUAUUCAUGAAAAAGUCGCAGAUGUCAACCGGAAACUAAACAGGUAUGAGCUGGCUAUUGAACAUUACAAAAAGUCGUUCAUAUUAGCAGAAACUUUGCCCGAACCAAAACAUUUGAUUAUUUCGAACGUAUGUACAAAGCUCGCUGAGAUCUACAAGAGACAGGAGAAAUAUGAUUUGGCUAUUGAAUACUAUAAAAAAUUAUCAACACUGAGAGAAGAAGUACUGGAACCCGAUAAGUGGGAAAUUGCGCAUGUGAAUGAAAACAUCGGUGACGUGUAUAUGGAACUAAAUGAAUGUGAGUCAGCUACUGAAUAUUACGGAAGAUCAUUAGUGUUACGGGAAAAUCUGCCGAUUCCAGAUCUACAGGAAAGUUCGCUUAUACAUGAAAAAAUCGCAGAUGUACACGUGAAAGUAAAUAAGUAUGACCUGGCUCUUGAGCAUUAUAAAAAUUCAUUGAUAUUCGCAGAAAAACUGUCCGAUCCCGGCCGACGGCGAAUUUUCCUUAUAUAUGAAAAACUCGUCGAUGUGUACAAUUCACUAAGUUUGAGAAAAGAACUACCCGAACCCGAUAAGUGA